UCACUCUCUGCUCCACAGAAUGACUGACACUGCUGCUGCUGCUGUUUAAUCAAUGAGCUAACUGGAGCUCACUGUGCAAUCCGGUCCUCUGCUGGUCCUGCUACCUUUUUCAAGUCUGCAUUUUGGGCUGCUUUUGAAAUAUUAGAAAUUGCUGCAUAUCUAAAGGAGGUUUGACUCUGGGACGAGGAUGUUCCCCUCCUCUACACUGGUGCUGCUGGUCACAGCGCUGACCAGCAUCUGGGCCCAAGACUUAUAUGAAGAGAGGAAAAGUAACAAGAAAUCUAGGGUCAAACUUCAGGCUGCAAAUAUUCAUGACGGACAAGCCAUCCUAGAUGAGGACUGUAGCUUGGAACUCUCCUUCCUUCUGGACAGCUCCGAGAGCGCCAAGGACAAUCAUGAGCAGGAAAAACAGUUCACCAUGAAUGUGGUGGACAGACUCCAGGGGGCACGGCUGCAGACCGGCCGCAGCUUGAGCUUCAGAGUAGCUCUGUUGCAAUACAGCAGUCAUGUUAUCACAGAGCAAACCUUCAGAGACUGGAAAGGCACAGAGAACUUCAAAACCCGUAUAUCUCCCAUCAUCUACAUCGGGCAUGGCACCUACACCACCUAUGCCAUUACUAACAUGACCAGGAUCUACCUGGAGGAAUCCAGCCCUGGCAGCAUCAAAGUAGCCGUGCUGCUCACUGAUGGUAUUUCCCACCCGAGGAACCCUGACAUUUUCUCUGCUGUUGCUGAUGCUAAGAACCAGGGCAUCAAAUUCUUCUCUUUGGGUAUCACUCGGACGGCCAAAGAGCCAGCCAAUGUAGCCCAGCUCCGCCUACUCGCCAGCUCCCCGGCCUCCCGCUUCCUCCAUAAUUUACAGGAUGAAGACAUUGUUGAAAAAAUCGUCACUGAGAUUACUGGCUUGGCUGAUGAAGGAUGCCCUCUGGCUCAGAGAUGUGCUUGUGAGAAAGGAGAGAGGGGACCAAGCGGGCCUGCGGUGAGUAUUUAG